AUGUCGUCUAAUGAGAAGCCAAUAGUGUUCCACUACGACGGCUCGAUCUUCUCUCACCGAGUGCUAUGGUAUCUUUGGCUUCGCGGUAUACCUUAUGACGAAUGUAUUCAACCUGCAUUCAUGCCACGUCCAGACCUUGAACUCAUUGGCGUUGGCUAUCGAAAGAUCCCUAUCAUGGCUGUUGGAAAAGAUGUAUAUUGCGAUUCCCGGCUGAUUAUCUCCACGCUAGAGUCCUUGUACCCUAACAAUGCCCUUUCGCCCUCGACGCCAGCCGACGUUGGUAUCAGGAAACUUUUCGAGAGCUGGACUAUCGAUGGCGGUAUCUUUGCCAAUGCUGUCAAGAUGAUGCCAUAUUGGCAGGAAGCAAGCUUUCUUUCGAAUGAAGCAUUCGUCGAUGAUCGCCAGAAGCUCAUGGGAAGUCGAUUUACUGCCCAAGGAAUGCAGGCUGGGCGACCGGAAGGCGCGCAGCACUUACAGCAAGCUUUCGAUAUGCUUGAGACUAAUUUCCUCGCGGACGGCAGAGAUUGGAUCCUAAACACACAGGAGCCGUCGCUAGCAGACAUCGAUGCUGUCUGGCCGUUCAAAUGGUUGAUGUCGGACCCAAAGAUGAAAGACAGCCUUCCCGCGGAGCACUUCAAUGCUAAGAAGUAUCCGAAUGUGUUUGCGUGGGUGAAGAGAUUCGUUACACAGCUGAAUGAGAAGAAAGAGACACUGCCAAAGCCGAAUGCGCUCGACGGGGAAACAAUGGGCAAGCGAACUCUUGACGCCACCACCGCACCAGUAACCAUUACUUUCGACGAUGACAAUUCUCACGGGUUCAAACAAGGCGAAGACGUUGAAAUCUCACCUUCAGACUACGGACAAACGGGUAAGACUGCCGGAACGCUAGUUGGUCUCACAGAACAUGAAGUUGUUAUCCGAAAUAGCAAAGGCAUACAUGUGCACUUUCCGCGAUGGAAUUUUGCCAUUUCCAGAGCUGCUUCAAAGUCUAAGAUCUAG